UGACUCAGGUCAACUCACAACCACGCGUAGUGGUCGUCGUCAUUUGAUUGGUCAGCACAGCACGGUGGCUUAUCCAUUCUUUCCAGAUCCAGCACCUCUCUGCAAGCCUCGAGGUCUUCACCAUUCUUCUUUUCGAAGAGCUGGUCUUCUCCAGUUUUCUUGCUUUGGCGACAUCAUUCAUACAGAAGUUCUCACUCAAGCCACCCUGCACGCUGGGGAAGGCAAGUAGAUGCUUGCCAUCAUGUGAUAGUGCUUCUGCAUCCAAAAUUUUGUUUAGAAGAAAAUGGACGGUGAGCCUAGCAGAUAUGAUAAGCUGGAGAGCAUGUUACAAGAUGGAAGUUCAGAACCACGCAAUCUACCACUAGAACAUUUGAGAAGCAUCACAAACAACUUCUCCGAGGAGCGGCUACUUGGUGAAGGUGGUUUUGGCACGGUAUACAAGGGAGUGCUACCAAAUGGGAAAACGAUUGCGGUGAAGAAACUCAAUUCGUCUAUUCCAGGAGUUAAGGAUAGGCAUUUUGAGAAUGAAGCCUCUCAUCUUAUGAGGCUUAAACACCCAAAUGUAGUGCUACUUGUAGGCUGGUGUUCUGAAACAGAGAAUAUGUAUGUACAUUACAAUGGGAAAUACAUCUGCGCUGAGAAGUCAGAAAGGUUGCUUUGCUUGGAGUACAUGCCUAAAGGAAGCCUUCGUGGGUAUCUUUCAGAUGAAGCCUCCGGACUUGCUUGGGACACACGCUACAAAAUAAUCGAGGGCAUUUGCUAUGGUUUACAUUAUCUCCAUGAGGAAUGGCAGCAUAGUACCCCUAUUAUUCACAUGGAUCUAAAACCUGCAAACAUAUUGCUUGAUAACAAUAUGGUGCCUAAAAUUGCGGACUUUGGCUUGUCAAGACUCUUCAGCGAGGAGAAAACUUGGACUUGCACGAUAAAUCGUGAUGGAACAUUAGGUUACAUGGCGCCAGAAUACAUAAACAGAGGUCUAAUCACAACAAAGUCAGACAUAUUCAGUUUGGGUGUUAUAAUCAUAGAGAUAGUGACCGGACACAGGGACUAUCCAGACGAGAAUGGAGUAUCUCCCCAGGAAUUUAUUGACCUUGUACUAAAGAAAUGGAGAAAUAGGCUGCAAAAGACAGCAAGUUAUAAAGAACUUUAUUAUUACCAGCAAAUAAGAAGUUGCAUUCAGAUAGGUCUGGUCUGUGUGGGCCUUGAUCGAUCCAAAAGACCAACAACAAGCCAAAUUAUCAAGAUGCUUCACGUAGAAAGCGUAGAUUUAAGAGGGAGUAAAAGGGUAUAUCCUCAGCCAUAUCAACAUUGGGCGAGUACUACUUCAGAAGAUGAAGAACCACAUAAGCACACGUCACCGUUGCAGAAGGAACGUCAACCAAGAAAGAUAUCCUUAGAAAUAGAUCGGCAGGCCAAGCUCGCCGGGUCCGCGGUCUGCUCCCUCGACGCCGGCGUCAGCUUCCGCAUCGGCGACAGUGGCGACGGGGGCGGGGACGUCUGCCUCCUCUGCCAAAGGCUGGGUCUUUCCGGACCCGACGACUUCGCCAUCUCGGUUGCUGAGUGGGAGGCGCACAAGGAGAAAAAGAGGGGAGAAGAGAGAAGUGAGAGCUGGCACGGAUGGUUCCCUUCUUUAGCGUGCUCUAGUGUUUUCCUGUCACAUGUCUUAAGUCUCUUGCUUGCUUUUCUGUUUCUGCAUCGUAUUCUCAGUGCAGGUGCCUUCUUUGCUGUCAAAGAAGUAAGCUUAUCUGAUCAAGGGAGCAACGCAAAGCAGUGUAUCUUUCAGCUUGAGCAGGAAAUUGCACUUCUGAGCCAGUUUGAGCAUAAGAAUAUAGUACAGUACUAUGAUACAGACAAAGAAGGUUCGAAACUUUACAUCUUCCUUGAACUAGUGACGCUAGGAUCCCUUGCAUCUCUGUAUCAGAAGUAUUGCCUGAAAGAUACACAUGCAUCUGUGUAUACAAGAGAGAUCCUUAAUGGGUUGACUUACCUCCAUGAAAGGAACAUUGUUCAUAGAGACAUAAAAUGCGCAAAUAUUCUGGUGGAUGCUAAUGGAUCUGUGAAACUUGCAGAUUUUGGACUCGCUAAGGAGAUCACCAAAUUCAGUGCGAUUAAAUCAUGCGAAGGAACUGUUUAUUGGAUGGCACCUGAGGUUGUCAAUCCAAAAAAGACAUAUGGACCUUCAGCUGACAUAUGGAGUCUUGGUUGCACCGUCCUAGAGAUGUUGACACGCCAAAUUCCCUAUCCUGACCUGGAAUGGACACAAGCUAUAUUCAAGAUUGCUAAGGGGGAAGCGCCAGCAAUUCCAUAUAGUCUUUCAAAUGAUGCUCGUGAUUUUAUAAGCCAGUGUGUAAAACCCAAUGCAGAAGACAGACCUUCAGCAUCCGAACUGUUGGGGCAUCCAUUCGUUAACCGUUCAACUAGCAAGAAGCUAGCCUGCGCAAAUGUCAAGGAGGGGCUCACGUACACUAGGCGCCGCCGGGCCCGUGAUCUACGCCGUGCCACGGAACGCGCGACAAGCGGGGACGUCGAGCGUAGGCAGGUGCUGGAGGAGGCCACCGUGAGUGGCUAAAUCAAGAAAGAAGAUAUUUAGUUUCUAUUCUUUCCCAAAAUUAGGAGAGUUUGUUUGAGGCCCAAGGCCAUAUAUACUUUGUACCGUACGUUGGUUGAGGCAAGCAAGAAUUACCAAUCUAAUCUCUUCUUUC